ACAAACGUACAUAAGUGCACUUAAAAUUAGAAACCUAUCCUUCCAUAAUGGAUGCUGAAUUAAAAAGUAGAUAACAAUAAUUCAGAAAAUGUCAUAACAAGUCAUUUUUAACCAUGUGUAUCUUUGCAGGAGAAGAAGAGAUUAUAAUAAAUGCAAGGUGUGAAGGAAGUUUCGCUUCUCGGUGUUUCGCGCAGGAAAAUGCCAGUUAAUUCCGUGUCCUCCUGCCGGUCUUGUGUCGAAAUCUGUUCCCCCGUUAAAACUGUUUAUAGUAGCGCCCCCCUGUGUGGUUAUGAUUGGGAUAAGGGUAGGGUUCAGGUUAGGGGAAACACAUCUCGACACAACACCCAGACUCCCCCCUCAGCAUUCGGCUCUACGGUGGAUAUAGGUUGAGAUUAAGCUAAACGCUAAUUAAUUUAACACUAAAAUGGCAAACAGGCUGGGUCAUAGCGCAGAAAAGUGCUUGUUAAAGUUGCUGUCAGACCUCAAAUCCCAAAGUAUCCCUGUGGCAGACCAGCCUGCUGUCAUGUUGGAGGAGUUGUGUGAAUGAGCUGCUGAGGCGAGCAGCUACAGCUCCUCAGGAGGGGAAUUAAACCACAGUCCAGAACUGCUGCAGAGGCCUGAGAAGCAAACGAUCAGGACAUAAUUAGAUUUUAAAUUGAUUGUUGUUGAGAUGGACUCAAAUAUAACAGAGCCAGCAAGCUUUUGGGAUAUCCUCCAUGAGAUGGAUCCAGAAUGGAUUACCACUGUUCUUCUGGUGCCCUGUGUUGUUGUACUGACAGCUGGAUUUUUCUACCUUUAUGGUAUAGUAGUUGGUCUGUUGUCCAAAACUUCGGUACACAAUAAGGUGGUGGUUAUAACCGAUGCCUUAUCUGGGCUUGGAAAAGAAUGUGCAGGCUUGUUUCACAAAGGAGGAGCAAGGUUGAUCCUUUGUGGGAGAAGCUAUGAGAAACUUGAAGAACUUGCUGAUGAUUUGGCAAAUGCUUCAGACCCUACUGUGACGUUUUCCCCUAAACUUGUGCAGCUGGAUUUUGGAGAUAUGGACAGCAUGCCUGAGGCAAUCACAGAGAUCCUGGAUUGUUAUGGCUGUUUGGAUAUUCUCAUCUUUAACAGCAGCAUGAAGGUCAAAGCGCCUGCACAGAGUCUGUCUCUGGAAAUGGACAAGUUACUGAUGGACAACAAUUACUUUGGACCGGCCACACUGGCUAAAGGUGUGCUGCCCUUCAUGAUCUCGAGGAGAACUGGUCACCUGCUCCUGGUCAACAGCAUCCAAGGGAAACUCACUGUGCCUUUUCGCACUGCAUAUGCGGCCUCUAAACAUGCAGUUCAGGCAUUCUUUGACUGCCUGAGAGCUGAAGUGGAAGAGUACGGUAUCUGCGUCAGCACCAUAAACCACACCUUCAUCAGCUGCUCUGCAUCUGAAAACACAGCCUCUUCCAGAUCCAUCUGGUCAUUGUUGUGCACAAAGAAACCCCUUGGUGUUUCUCCAGAUGAAGGAGCCACUGAGAUCUUCAAGACUUUAAACAGCAAGAGGAAAGAGGUGGUGAUUGCUCCCUCGCUCCCCAAAGUGGCCAUCUACACCAGAUCCUUCUGCCCAAAUGUGUUCUUCGCUGUGAUGGCUGCAGGAGUGAAGAAUGCCGCUGCCUCUGAGAGGAUGUAACCCUGCUGUCAGCACCAAGGCUACAGUCAGCCUUAGUGACUGGGGGUGAGAUUUUCUGGUGCAGGUGAAACAAAUCAGUGAAAUGCUGAGAAGUGAGGAUGGAUGGAACCGAUAGUAAACAAACAAUCACUUGUUUACAAAUGCAGGGAUUCUAGAAAUAUUGUUUAUCAUUUGUUGUUUGAGUGGAUUUACAUUUGAUUCAGUUUUUCCAUUAAAUCUCAUAAACUAUUUAUAAGAUGUGAACCCCUAAACUAUUUGAGUGUGUAUCUUAAAUGUGUUGCUAGAAAUAUGACCUCAGACUUAUGUGUAAAAUUGUGAUUUUUGAAACAAUUUAGGUCUGAGUAGUAAUGUCUUUUCUGUAUAUUUAAACAAGAGAAUAGUGAUUAUAAUAGCACAACAUUUGCAUAAAAAUUGUAAAAAUUAAUAAUAAAUGAGCUAAUAUCUUG